AUACAAAACUAUUAGAUUUUCGUAGCUUAGCCCUAUAUACUUUAGGAGCUCUGAUAUUUGCUAUUCUUCAUGCUGGCAUUUCAGCAGGGCAAAAUAGAUCCUUUUCUGUGACCCACGUUCAUAUGGAAAAAAAAUAUCACUACCUUGUUCUGAAUAGAUUUGAAGAAUCUCUUGAAAUGUUAUAUCAAUAG